AUGAUCAGCGCCUCCAAGCCCCUGGCUUUCUCCAUCGAGCGGAUUAUGGCCAGGACCCCCGAGCCCAAGGCCGUGCCCGUGCCCCACUUCCUGCAGGGGGCCGCGCCCAAGGGAGAACUGAGACCCCCCCUGCACCUGAGCCCGUCCAUCCCCUGCAUGAUCCCCUUCGUGCCCGUGGCCUUCGACCCCGGGGCCAAGGCGGGGCUGGCCGGGCCGGAGCCCAGAAAGGACCAUCCGGAUUCCUCGUCCUCGUCCUCGUCCUCUUCGUCCUCGUCGUCGUCGUCGUCGUCGUCGUCGUCCUCCUUCAGCUGCAGCGACCUCCUGAACUGCGCCCUCGGCCUGAAGGGCGAGCUCCCCCGCGACGCGCUGCCGCUGCAGCAGUACAAACUGGUCAGGCCCCGGGUGGUCAAUCACUCGUCCUUCCACGCCAUGGGCGCCCUGUGCUACUUCAACCGGGGCGAGGCCCCGUGCGCCCCGGCGGCCGGCGGGGGCGGCGGGGGCGGCGGGGGAGGCGCCGUCAGCAUCCACCCGGUGGCCUCCUACUUCCUCAGCUCCCCGCUGCCCCCGCCGCCCAAGGCCUACCUGGCCGAGAGGAACAAGUACCCCGCCGGCCUGGCCUUCAAGGACCUGUCGCCGGCCCAGCUGCAGCACUACAUGAAAGAGAGCGCCCAGCUCCUGUCGGAGAAAAUCGCCUUCAAAACCUCCGACUUCAGCCGGGGCUCCCCCAACAGCAAACCCAAAGUUUUCACUUGCGAAGUCUGUGGGAAGGUGUUCAAUGCGCACUAUAACUUAACCCGUCACAUGCCGGUGCACACCGGAGCCCGCCCGUUCGUCUGCAAGGUUUGCGGAAAAGGCUUCCGUCAGGCGAGCACGCUGUGCAGGCACAAAAUCAUCCACACCCAGGAGAAGCCCCACAAGUGUACCCAGUGCGGUAAAGCGUUUAAUCGAAGCUCCACUCUAAACACGCACACCCGCAUCCACGCCGGCUACAAACCAUUCGUGUGCGAGUUCUGCGGCAAAGGCUUUCAUCAGAAAGGGAAUUAUAAGAACCACAAGUUGACCCACAGCGGCGAGAAGCAAUUCAAGUGUACCAUUUGCAACAAGGCGUUCCACCAGGUGUACAACCUGACCUUCCACAUGCACACGCACAACGACAAGAAGCCCUUCACCUGUCCCACCUGCGGCAAGGGUUUCUGCAGGAACUUUGACCUCAAGAAACACGUCCGCAAGCUGCACGACAGCGGCCUGGGGCCAGCAUCUCCUAGUCAGGAGAUCUGGGCCAGAAGGGCUAAUGGUUCCUAG